AUGGCGACGCAUUCGGGAACAGCGGAUCGUUCAAGUCGUUAUGAGAAGAUUGAUUUCCUCGGGGAAGGACAGUUUGCUACAGUAUACAAAGCUAAAGACACUGCUAAUGGAGGGAAAAUAGUUGCAGUUAAGAAGAUUAAACUUGGUCAACGAAGUGAGGCUAAAGAUGGUAUCAAUAGAACUGCUUUGAGAGAAAUUAAACUAUUACAAGAAUUAAGUCAUGAAAAUAUUAUUGGGCUACUUGAUGUUUUUGGUCAUAAAUCUAAUAUAAGUUUAGUAUUUGAUUUCAUGGACACAGAUUUAGAGGUUAUAAUUAAAGACAACAAUUUAGUUUUAACACCUGCACAUAUCAAAAGUUUAACAAUUAUGACUUUACAGGGGCUAGAAUAUUUACAUGACAAUUGGAUUCUUCAUAGGGAUUUGAAACCAAAUAAUUUAUUAAUAAAUGGACAAGGAAUUCUAAAACUUGGUGAUUUUGGUCUAGCUAAGUAUUUUGGAAGUCCAAACCGUGCCUACACUCAUCAGGUGGUCACUCGGUGGUACAGAUGUCCAGAACUAUUAUUUGGUGCCAGGAUAUAUGGUAUUGGUGUUGACAUGUGGGCCAUAGGAUGUAUAUUAGCAGAACUACUUCUCAGAGUACCAUUUCUGGCUGGUGACUCUGAUCUUGAUCAACUUAGUAAAAUAUUCCAGGCUUUAGGAACACCCACAGAAGAGCAGUGGCCUGGAAUGACAGCAUUACCAGACUAUGUAGAAUUCAAGAAAUUUCCUGGCACUCAAUGA